CAUUGUCGUUCAACUUGUCGGCGGUUCCGUUGAUGGACAACGACGACACUUUUGUUAGUGGCAACAGUGGUGGCGGCGGCGGCGGCGGCGACAAUGCCAGCGCCUGAUUUCGCUACUGCCAUUGUGUCAGUGCGGUUUUGCUUGCGGAUGCCGAUUAACGACCGGCAACGACCCAACAACCGACGCAACAGCAGCGGCGAUCUCGCUAGUUCAGUGUUGGCAUUCAGAACGUACGGAUGUCCUGACGCGUAGCGAAGCACGUUGAAAUGUACCGUUAUACGCGCACCGAAAUCGGAACGCGUGAGUGUGUGUGAAAGCAAAAGUUUUUACCAAAAACAAAUGAAAAAUUUAUAAGUGCGUGUGCCAGCAUGCAGAACGCGUGAAGUUUUGCAUGCGUCGCUCCAACACACACACACACGUGCGAAAGUCGCCAUUUCGCAGACGGAUGUGCAAUAAAAAACGCGCGAUUUUGGUGCGUGAUGGAUUGGCGUCGUGUGACUGUGCCAUUUUGUGUGUGAAGUCCGUGCCGGAUAAGUGAUAUGAAGUGCAGAAAGCAACAAAAAGAAAGUGAAAACAAAAACAAACAUAAGUGAAAAAGCAGUUGAAAGCAAUGAAAAUAUUUGUAAUAGGAAAAAAUUGCAAAGCGGAAGCAAAAUCAUAAAUUCACACGUGAAUGAGUGAGAAAAUUGUGACGAUUUAAUACCACUGCUGUUCGGAGGAUACUUUGCGGGCGCUCAGUCACACACACACACGCACAUAAUGCACGUUGAAGUGCUGACAAGUGUUCGUUAAUAAAAUAUGCCGAUUUAAAUUUAAAUGAAUACAUAAAAAAGUUGCGAAAAAUAAACUUUUCCACUUUUCUUUAUAUGCCGUGGUAUUUUACAGCAAAAAAAAAAAUAUGAACAACAACAACAUAAGCAAAUAUAACAGCAGAAAAAGCGCGUGUAAUUUGUAGUGAAAAGUUGGCAACAAGCGGAAAUCGCUGCUGAAGUGCGAACAAAUGUGGCACACGCCUUCCUGCAUAUCCCAAAACAAAUACGAAAAGUAAUAAUGAAUGCAUGCGGCGGCAAUAAAAAGAUGGAGGAGCGGGGAAUCCGUAUUAACGUUAAGUCGCACACACGAAGUGCUUUCGUCUAAAAAACGGUAAAAGCAACAAAUUUGCUGAAAGUGCGUCUUAAGCGGAGAGCGAAGCUUCCAUGUCCGUUUACUUAUGUGCAACACUGUUAAAAGCAUAUUAAGACAAAAAAGUGCAAGAAAACAUACAAAAAGUUAAGCGCUCACUGACUGACUAACUGAUAAAUACAAGAAAGCAACACACACCUACACAUUGCAUACAAUACAUUAAGCGCCGGGGCGUAUACGUAACCCCUCCAUACAAAGCAAAUAAAUGGAAUAAAAGCACUGUGCAGCGAAGCGAAGUCAAGUGCAUGUAAUGAUAUAAAGAAGCAAGAACAGUAAAUGGAAGGGAAACAACAAAAGAAAACUUUAAAAAUAAAACAAAAACAACAAUGAAUAAAUGCAAUAAAACUAGUGUGUGUCAGUAAAUUAUUGACGAUUCGCAAGUGUGAAGUGAAGUGUGGGGAAGCGAAGGGGAAGAGUAAUGGAAAAGAAACGCAGUGGAAUACAGAAAAAAAGAAAUUAAAGAAAACUUGCAAAAAAUUAAACUUAGAAAGUAAAUAAAAUACAAAUAAUGAAGUUUACGAGCAGCCGGCGGCAGCAAAAAGCUGCAAAGGUGGAGCAAAGUGAAAGCCAGAGUGGGAAGGAGAAGAAAAAAAUUAGUAAUUGAUAAACAUUUGUUGUUCUAAUGCAAUGCAGCAGGCGGUGAAAAGUUAAAUAAAGUGCGGACGUGAAAGAAAACAGUAAGAAAAAACAAACAAAAAAAAAUAAAGUAAAAAUUAAUAAAAAAGCUUCUGGCAACUAUUUGCUAGAAAAGACGUGGCAAGUGCAGCAAAAUGGCACAAGAGAGGCAGCAAAUUAAAUAUCAAUAGUGUUAUUGUGGCAAACAAAGCAUUACUGGAGGUAACUACGAGGUGUAAUGUAGGUGGUUGCGACUGCAAGAGCCAAAAGUGAGACGGACAGAAAAAAAUCCAACACAUGCACCACGAAAGGUGAAGAAGCGAACAUUUCAAAUUACUAUCCGUGCAAUGUUGCUACAGGCGGGGCCGGCCAUGGUGCCCGCGACGCCAAACAGCGAUAAAAUGUGUUGUUGUAGCGAAAACAACAAUCACCACAACCCUGCCGAAGAAGGCUCAACACGGAAACCCCACUUUACUUGCGCCACUUGCCACCAACUGCGGGCCAGCAGCGUUGAAAAGAAUACAUGUAGCAUACUCUUAGGCGCUAUGUCUGAUGGUGGCGCCAAACCCGCGUUAGUACGACACUUACGGCGUUGGCAAGCGUGUCGUCGACGUAGGCGACGCAGAAAGGGAGGCGGAGCAAUGAGAAAUGCAUACAAGAACAACAACAACAAUGGCAUACAACGUUGUAAUAAGCAAGCGCGGAUGGCACGAACAGCACGUGCAAUGCAUGCAACAACUACACGCGGUGCUAUUGAAAAGCGAAAAUUAAGAAAACGCAUAAUCAGUAGCAUGGCUACAAGCAAUUGCAGGAGCUCAGCAAUGGCGGCGCGCUUGUUGCUUGCGGAUUACAACGACAGCGCUGUGUUGCCAGCGCGUAACAGUAAUUGCCUGCGAGCAAGAACAAUAACAAGCGCAGUAGCGGCUGCCAGUAUGGCACUGGAAAGCAGCGCAGCACCAAAAGCGCUAUUGGGCUUGCGUAGAGCAAGAGCAACAGCAACAACAACAACAGUAAUAAGGCCGUUGUCGAAAUUGGUGAAAUGUGAGCGCCCGAUAAAAGUGCACAAACUAGCAACAACGACGGCUGUACGACAGCCAACACCGUUAGCAUGCCUGCAUCAACAACAACAACUAGAGCUCCAAACUGGGUUGCAAGUUGACAGCGCACAAAUACUGCGUGUCCGUAGCCGCGGCAAACCCGCUGGUGUACCGUUAGAACAACAGCUUAUCACACGUGAGUUCCGAAAUAAGCAGCUGCCACAACAACAGCAACAACAACACUGCCUUCAACUAACAACAACUGCUGCGGCACUACAGCGACCAGCUGCCAAAGCAAACUACUUGCAACAUCGAAGUUGGCGAAAUUUAAUUGGAUGUGUGGCAAGCACAUGUCCAACAACAACAGCUACCGUAAUAAAUACGAUCACUGCAGCAGCAGCAACAAACGUUAUUGCAUCAGCGCCAGCAACAGCAAUAACAACCACAAAAAGUGAACCCAAUUGCAACGCGCAUUGUUCGGUUGUCUCCGUUGUAGCCACAAAAAUGUCAACUACUCGUGCGCUGUCUGCCAAGCAAGACGAUGCGAAAGCAACAACAACAAAAUCCGUGUGUGUAGAAACGAGAAAAAAUAUAUCAGCGCAGCAGCCUCAUGUUGUGUCGUGUGUCAUUGUGCGUAAAUCCAAGUGUCGAAGUACAAUCGCGUUGACAAGCGCAUUAACAGUGAUGGUGAAAACAGCAGCAGCAGCAUCAGCAAGAAAAGCGAAAAAAGCAAUUCAACCAGCAAAAUCGACAAAGCGCGAUAAACCAACACAAAUAAAAUUAGUUAGAAGCAGAGCAACGACAACAACAACAGCAACGCUGUUUGGUAAUAUUUUCACAAUACUUGUCGGUCUGCUAACGCUACAUGCCACUGUGCUGCGCUGUCUCCUCUUCACCGCACUGACGGCGGCAACUGCUACGGUGACGGCCGCGCCGUUUGUGGCGCAAAACUCAUUGCUCUUGCUGUCACAACAAAGGCUGGGGCAACACUCGCUCAACAACAACAACAACAGCGCGAGUAGUGGUAGCAGCAGUAGUAGCACCUUUCCUUCGACUUCAGCGCAUAAUUACAAUCACCGACACACAAUGCUGCCCGCCACGCUCGCGUCUCCCGCAACGCUGCCACCGCCAUUGGCAUCGCCACCAAUACAUACCAACCGUAUGAUGGAUAUUGAGGUGUUGAACGGCAGCAGUUACUCCGACACCUUGAAGAGUCUCUCUUCCACCAUCGAGGAUACGGAGGCGGCGCAGGGUGACGCAAAUCAGCUGCCAAUCUUUGACUUUGGCUUGCCGCGUAAUAUAACGGCACGUACCGGUCAAGCGGAAGCUGCAAUUAAAUGUCGAGUCGAGCGAUUGGACGAUAAGUCGGUCUCGUGGAUACGUAAACGUGAUUUGCAUAUACUGACCGUAGCCACGGCGACGUACACAUCGGAUAAACGCUUUCAGGUGACUUCGUCGAAAGAUGGACGCGAAUGGACGCUGCAUGUGAAAUCGCCGCAGGCUCGUGACACCGGCAUCUAUGAAUGUCAAGUGAAUACCGAACCAAAAAUGUCCAUGGCAUUUCAAUUGAAUAUCAUUGAGAUACCCGCCGAUUCGCGCGCCAUCAUCAGCGGCCCGGCCGAUCUGCAUUUCAAAGUCGGCAGCGCAAUCAUACUCAGCUGUCAUGUGCAGCAGCCGAGCGUUCGUGAUAUUGGACCGAUUUAUUGGUAUCGCGGCGAGCAUAUAAUUACGCCAUUCGAGCUGGACGAAGAUGAAGAGAGCAACAGCGCCACUGGCAACAACAACAAUAAGAACAAACAUAGUCAUGGCAACGUUGGCGGUGACAUGUCUACGCCACCACUGACGGGCAAUGAGCUGGCUGCUGAUGUGACAGCGCCGAUAACAAAUGCCAAGGCAUUGACUGCUGCUGCUGCUGGUGCCUCGAGCGCAAUGGCGGUCACAGCGCUGCACGAUGGCUUAAGCAACGACAUAACGCCGGACUUCACGGCGCGCAUCGCCAUGGAAUCACAGUUGGGCGACACAAUGAAAUCAAGGUUGCGCAUCUCGAAUGCACAGACAACGGAUACAGGGAAUUACACUUGUCAGCCGACAACGGCGAGCAGUGCCAGCGUCAUGGUGCACGUGAUUAAUGAUGAAAAUCCGGCAGCCAUGCAAAAAAGCAGCGCCAGCUCGAUGCGCGUAAUAACAACAACAAGAACAAGCUUGGAAGCGCGACUGCCGCUACUGUUACUAGCAGCAAUAACAACAAUAAUAAUAGAAACACUAAUGACAAGGGCGAGCGUAAUAACGCGAACAACAGAAGCAACAAUGGCAAUAAUAGCAACAACAACGUUGCUGGUAACCUACUUAGCUGGAGUAUGUCCACUACAGGAACAACUACAGGGCACGAGUCAGGAAGCGCAGAAAGUGAAUUGGCUACGCCAACAACAACAACAAAAGCAACAAAAGCUUUAGCGAUUGUGUUAGCAGCAGGCAUAGCAAAUAUUCUGCACAUCCUUUGGCAGUUGCUUAAAUAUAUCGAACAAAGAAUUUGUCUCAAAUUUUAUAUUUCUAACCAAGUUUCUUGUACGGAAACUUUGCGAAUGUUGGAAAAGACGAUGAAUCAGUUUUAUCAAAAACACACAUCUACGAGAGGUACAAAGCCUUCAAAGACGGCCGAGAGAUCGUUGAAGACAUGCCUCGUUCUGGACGACCUUCGACCACUUCAGCUGAUGGAAAUAUUAAGAAAGUAAAGGAUAUGUUGCUUGAAAAUCGUCAAGUACGUGUUAGAGAAUUGGCAAGAGAGCUGGACAUCUCCAUCCCCAGUCCGUCCGAAUUAUUUUGGUGACUAUUUUGAUUAUGAAACGCGUACUUGCUAGACUCGUCCCGAUAAAGCUAAAUAUUUUUCAAAAAGAGUACCGGAAACAGUACUCUUUGGACAUGCUUGAUCAUGCGAAUUCCGAUCCCAUGCCGAUGAGACAUGGGUUAAUGAGUUUGCCAAGCAAAGAAGUCAACAAUCAUCGGGAAUGGAACCUGUUUUCUGUUGAUUGAAGAGAUAAAACAAAAUUCGCUGAAGGAGCUGAAAGCCAUCCCAAAAAGUGGUUAUGGAAAGUGUUUCGGUUACUGGAAAAAUUAUUGGCAUAAGCGUAUUACAUCUGCAGGAGAUUAUCUGAGGGUGACAAAGUAAAUAUUGAUGAAUAAUUAAAUAAUUUUCAUUUGAUUUACCAUUUCCGGCUACUUUUUUGUCAGAAUGUAUAUAGCAUAAAACAAAUGGUAACAUCUUUUCAUAUAAUAUUUUCUAACUUACCUUUUUAUUUAUUUAUUUUUUCAAUAAAUCCACAUAUUUAUGUAUGUAUGUGUAACUCUGUAUAACUUUACUUUACAUGUUUCAUAUUUAUUUUAUUAUUAAUUUUUUUUUUCAUAAACUUACUAGCAACACUGUAAUCAAAUUUUAAAUUUAUUUAAACAUUUUCUUCUAUUUAUUGCUUGUAAAGUUCUCAUUUCAGUCAGUGCGAAGGUUUUCAAAGUACACGUGUUGUGUUGAAAUGGAUUUUUGCUGGAAGCGAAGAAGGUUUUUGGUGAACGUGAUAGAAUUAAUAAUUUACCAGUACUACAGUUUCCACAGCGUGAAAAUAACUCUAAGACGAUUUGGUCGUAAAGCGUUGCAUUCGAAAAUGAUCUAGCAAUACUGCCAAUAUGCUGAAAGUGUCUGAAAAAUUAAAUUAUCUUU